CUUUUGACCCACAGGAAGGUCCAUGUGGGAAGUGGAUCCAGUCAAGGUUUGGAAGGUGAGAAAUCCUUCUCUGGAAAAGACGCCGAAGAUCCCCCUUCACUGAAACCCUAUAAAUGUGAUGAAUGUGACUUAUGCUUUGGUCGAUCAUCAUACCUCCUUACACAUCAGAAAAUCCACACUGGAGAGAAACCUUAUCAAUGUCUGGAAUGUGGGACAUUUUUCCGUGAGAAAGCCACCCUCAGAAAGCACGAGAGGACUCACACGGGCGAGAAACCUUUCAGCUGUGGGCAAUGCGGGAAGAGCUUUUCUCAGAAGACAAAUCUUUGCGUCCAUGAGCAGAUCCACGCGGGAAUCAAACCUCACAAAUGCUUGGAGUGUGGAAAACAGUUCACACAGAGUUCCUCUCUUUGGAAACACGAGAAAACACACCGAGGGGAGAAAAACGAAAAAUGCCUUGAAUGCGGGAAGUGUUUUAUCUUGAAAUCAAACCUGUUGCAACAUCAGAGACUUCACACCGGGGAGAGACCCUAUCAAUGUUCAGAAUGUGAGACACGAUUUCUGACUUCUUCUGACCUCCGGAAACACCAGAAAGGGCACAGAGACGAGAAACCCUAUAAAUGUGGGGCUUGUGAGAAAGGUUUUCUUGAACUAAGGAAGCUUCAGAGUCAUGAGAGAAUCCACACAGGGGAGAAGCCGUUCAAAUGCCUGGAGUGUGAGAGGUGCUUUUCCCAAAAGCAUCACCUUGGAAGGCAUCAGAGGGUCCACACAGGAGAGAAGCCCUACAAAUGCGGAGAAUGUGGAAAAAGUUUUGCUCAGAAAGGAUACCUUUCAAUCCAUUAUAAAACCCACACAGAGGAGAAGCCCUUUCAGUGCAAUGAGUGUGGACAAUUUUAUCGUGCCCUAACAACCCUUAGAAAACAUGCAAAACUUCACACAGGGAACAAAAUUUCAAACGGUUAGAGUGCGGGACAACAUUUUGCUCAUUCAUGUUCCCUUAAAAAUCACAGCCAAAUCUAUAUAGCAGAGAAGCCCUAGUCAGGUAACCUUAAAUUUAAGCAUAAUUUUCAAGAAGAACCUAUCCCUGUUACUUUUUGAUCAGUGUGUGCUAGUCAAAUCAAAUAUUUCUUAACCUUUUAUUUUUGUUUUCAUUUUUUGGGAUAUAAAUUUAUCAUUUCAGGAAAUGUUUAAUAGCUUCCAAUUUUGUUACUCUUGUUUUUUAAUUAUUUUGUUUAGUUGUUCUGAGGGGGAUUUAAGCUAACUGGAAAGCGGGAUUAUAUUGUUAUGUCAUUAGCUAUUUUUGUUAAUUGGAUCUGGAUCUUUGGGGAUCCAUAGGAGAGGUGAAGAUUUAAAGAUAA